AUUCGAAUUUAGUCUCUGAACAAGAUGCGUCUACCUAUACGGCAGCUUGUGAUAGUAGCCUGUCUUUUUAUUGGGAUUAUCCGGACGGAAUCCGGACGCUUACUGGAAAACGACUGUGGAACCACGAGCAGUAAUGGUUAUAGAGCGCGAAUCGAUGGAGGUAGAGAUGCUGGCAUGGAAUCGAAUCCCUGGAUGGUCAGAGUAAUGAUUUCGGGAAAAGCAGUGUGUGGCGGUUCACUUAUAACUGCUCGAUUUGUUUUGACCGCCGAGCAUUGCAUUUCCCCAAUGUAUAUGAAUGUGCGCCUGGGCGAAUACGAUACCCGACAUCCCAUAUUCGACUGCGAUGAUUUUGUCUGCACACCAAGGGCCUACAAUGUGGACGUGGAUAGGAAAAUUGUUCAUAGUAAUCCAGGAUAUGAUAUUGGUCUGUUGCGAAUGCAAAGGAGUGUGAUAUUCUCAAACUAUGUCAGACCAAUCUGCUUGAUUCUGGGCAAAACGUUGGGUGGGAACCCACUCUCAAUAUUACGCUUCAAUUUCACCGGAUGGGGUACAAAUAGUGAUGGAGAAGAGCAAGAUAGGCUACAGACUGCCACCCUGCAACAAUUACCUCAAUGGAGUUGUGAAAGACCUGGAAGACCUCUCGAUAUAUCCUAUAUAUGUGCCGGCAGUUAUAUCAGUGAUUCGUGCAAAGGCGAUUCGGGAGGUCCUUUGAGCGCAAUUCGUACAUUUGAGGGGCAGGGAAGGGUCUUCCAGUUCGGUGUCGCUAGCCAAGGACUUCGGUUGUGCAGUGGCUUGGGAAUUUACACCAAUGUCACACACUUUACGGACUGGAUAUUGGAUGUUAUUCAAAACCAUUCAGACGACUUUGAAUGAGAUCAAAAUAUGUUGCUUAAUAACAAUAUAAUGUUUUAGCGUAUAUAUUUUGGCUAUCAAUAUCAUAGUUUCUUGUUGGUUUUGGUUUUUUU